UAAAUACUGACUCACCGUCCAUUCCUUUAACAAUCUCUUCAAUUCAUUCACGAAUCACUAUUCUCUCUAAAAUACCAUCUAGGUUUAGAAUUUUCUGCAAUUAUCGAUCGAUCUGAACGAUGUCGUCCACUGAUGCAACUCAGAAGAUGAUAGUGCUAAAAAGUUCCGAUGGUGAGACUUUCGAGGUGGAGGAGACUAGCGAGCUUGCAUCUAUCUGGAAAUGUGGCUUUUUAUUUGAUAAAGAGAUUUAUGCCAAUACUUGCUCGGGUGAAUACAGGGUUUAUGUUUCUCUUUGCAUUGAUCGAUAUUUGAUGCUUUCCCCUGUCAUCCAUGCACUGUCUGUUACGUUGAUGAUUGCAUUUACUUGUACACUUUCUUUAAUGGAUAGCUUAGACUGCUUAGUUGCUCUGCUGGAUCUUUUAUCAAGAAUACAUUGUUUGUGUGUGCUCGAGGCAAUCUUUAAUUGUGAGGUAUAUUUGCUGCAAGCUUUGCUGGUUAACUUAGUCUUGCUGAUGACUGACUUCAUUUUUUUCAUUAAGGCUGCCAACUACCUAAACAUCAAGAGCCUGCUUGACCUUACAUGUCAAACGGUGGCGGAUAUGAUCAAGGGGAAGACUCCAGAGGAAAUUCGGAAGACGUUCAGCAUUAAGAAUGAUUUCACUCCGGAGGAGGAGGAAGACGUUCGAAGGGAGAAUGCUUGGGCAUUCGAGUGAAUGAUGAAUAUGCUAGAUGCAUAUAUUGUGAUAGCCUCUGAUUUAUCAGUCGUUUGGAUAUACAUGGUUUCUUUUGUUUUUUGUUCUGCUGAACCUUGUUCUCUCUGUGUUAUUUACAGGGUGCUGUUACUAUGUCUGAAAAACUACAUUAGAUCAUAGACGUUAUAAUUUCCUGUUUUCUUCUGCUUACGAGUUAUCUGCGCAUAUUUUGCUGUCAACAAUAAAGGUGUUACAAUGGUUAUGCAAACUAUGAAAUGUAUUGAAAUCCCA